CUUAUUAGGGUGGUUAUAAAUCGGGUCUGACUUGACGGCUGUACUAUUUCAGAAUUGAGACGGAAGUCACAUCCAAGCAUGUUUCUCCAUGCCAUGAAAUAAAACUUUCCAAAUACAUGGCUACGUAAUUGAAUGCAACGAGCCUGAACUUUACAGUGGCACGCUGUUUUUUCCUUGUUUUGGAACAUUUUUGUAUUUAGCCGUCUGAAAUUACAAACCUGACGUAGAGGUUUACCAGCUCACUUAAGGUCUGGGCUGUGGCCUUGCCCCAUACAUCUUAAGCUACUCGCUCACUUCGCGUGACUCUCUCGCUGCUGAUCUUGAAGUCAGCCUUUCGAAACGGAUUGGGAGACCUGGGUGAACGAUGGCAUUAGAGCUCGAUCGUUGAGGCCUGCGGUGUGCGCGAUCCAUGAGAUGGCCACAGAUGACAAGCCAUCUCCAACACUGGACUCUAUGAGCGAUCUGCCUUACUCUGCCGGCAGUCCCUCUCAUCUUACACACUUCAAACCUUUGACUCCUGACCAGGAUGAACCUCCAUUUAAAUCUGCCUACAGCUCUUUUGUAAAUCUCUUUCGUUUCAGUAAAGAUGAUGGCCGACUUGCAUCGUCUAUGGAGAGGGCAGAAACUGGUCAGGGUGACCAGCAGGCACUGAAUACCAAUUGGUCAAGUCCGCAGCAUAAUCUGAGGUCACAGUCAUUAAGGUCAUCGCCUGUAGCUUACAAAAAAUCACAGCCUUCUGGGGAACUGCAGAGAAGAUCUUCCACAUCAUUGGAAAAUCGAAGAAAAGAACCUCCUCUUGGUGGGCAUGAUCCUCGGACAGCUGUUCAGCUGAGGAGCCUCAGUACAGUCUUAAAACGCCUCAAAGAAAUCAUGGAAGGAAAAAGCCAGGACAGUGACCUGAAGCAGUACUGGAUGCCAGAUAGCCAAUGCAAGGAAUGCUAUGACUGUAAUGAGAAAUUCACCACCUUUCGGCGCAGACACCACUGUCGGUUGUGCGGGCAGAUUUUCUGCAGCCGGUGCUGCAACCAGGAAAUCCCUGGAAAAUUCAUGGGUUACACAGGUGACCUCAGAGCUUGUACAUACUGUCGUAAAAUAGCCUUAAGCUAUGCACACUCCACAGACAGCAACUCUAUUGGGGAAGACUUGAGUGUUCUCUCUGACUCCACUACCUCUGUGUCAGCACUGGAUCCUGGGGAACCACGGACUCCCGUUGGCAGCAGGAAAGCUAGCCGCAACAUCUUCCUGGAAGAAGACCUUGCCUGGCAAAGCUUAAUUCACCCAGACUCUUCAUCUUCCACAUUGUCAACCCGUCUUGGAUCAGUUCAGGAAGAAGCAGGAAAGUCCCCUGCUCGGAACAGGUCAGCCAGCAUUACUAACCUUUCUCUGGAUCGGUCGGGGUCUCCUAUGGUGCCAUCCUAUGAGACAUCUGUCAGCCCACAGGCUAAUCGCACCUAUGUGAAGGAGGCCAACGAGGAUGAGCGCAAAAUUCUUCUGGACUCAGUCCAGUUGAAAGACCUCUGGAAGAAAAUAUGCCAUCACAACAGUGGGAUGGAGUUCCAGGAUCAUCGUUAUUGGCUGCGCACACAUCCCAACUGCAUUGUUGGGAAGGAACUGGUCAACUGGCUCAUGAGGAAUGGCCAUAUCACUACCAGAGCUCAGGCAAUUGCCAUUGGACAGGCAUUGGUAGAUGGCCGCUGGCUGGACUGUGUCAGUCACCAUGAUCAGAUCUUUAGAGAUGAAUAUGCCCUCUACAGACCUUUACAGGUCAAGAAAGGUAGCGAGAAACCUGUGAAACCUUCGGUGGAGAGAAAGAGCACAGAAUUUUCUGAAACUCCUUCUCCAGACAGUGAUUCUGUCAACUCUGUGGAGGGCCACUCUGAGCCAUCAUGGUUCAAAGACAUCAAAUUCGAUGACAGUGACACAGAACAAAUUGCGGAAGAAGGAGAUGACAACUUGACCAAUUCUGCCAGCCCUAGCAAGCGUACCUCAGUCAGCAGCUUCCAGUCUGCCAUGGACAGCGACUCAGCUGCUUCCAUCAGCCUGAACGUGGAGCUGGACAACGUGAACUUCCAUAUCAAGAAGCACUCCAAGUAUCCACAUGUGCCCCCUCACCCUGCCGACCAAAAAGAGUACUUGAUUGCUGACAGCGGAGGGCAACAAAUGAUCUCAAUAAGUGACGCUUUUAUCAAGGAAUCGCUGUUUAAUCGGAGGGUUGAAGAAAAAUCCAAAGAGCUGUUUUUCACACCCUUGGGCUGGCACCACAGCAAUCUGGACCUGCUGAGGGAGGAGAAUGGAGAAAAACAAGCCAUGGAGAGGCUGCUCUCGGCUAAUCACAACCACAUGAUGGCACUCCUGCAGCAGCUGCUGUACAAUGAAUCAUUGUCCCUCUCCUGGAGAGAUAUCAUUGUGCCUGUGGUCUGCCAGGUGGUUCAGACUGUCCGACCUGAUGUCAAAAACAGAGAUGAUGACAUGGAUAUCCGGCAGUUCGUCCACAUCAAAAAAAUUCCAGGUGGAAAAAAAUUUGACUCAGUGGUGGUGAAUGGCUUUGUAUGCACCAAAAACAUAGCACACAAAAAGAUGAACUCCUGUAUUAAAAAUCCCAAAAUUCUUCUACUGAAGUGUUCCAUUGAGUAUCUCUAUCGAGAAGAAACAAAGUUCACGUGUAUUGAUCCCAUUGUCCUUCAGGAAAGGGAAUUCUUGAAGAAUUAUGUCCAGCGGAUAGUGGAUGUCAGGCCUACUUUGGUCUUGGUGGAAAAAACGGUGUCCCGCAUUGCCCAAGACAUGCUGCUAGAACAUGGCAUUACUCUGGUCAUCAACGUUAAGCCGCAUGUCUUGGACAGAGUAAGCCGAAUGACUCAGGGGGAUGUACUAAUGUCAAUGGAUCAGCUGCUGACGAGGCCACACUUGGGGACCUGCCAUAAAUUUUACAUACAGGUUUUUCAGUUGCCAAAUGAUCAGACAAAAACACUGAUGUUUUUUGAAGGCUGCCCCCAGCACUUGGGAUGCACCAUCAAGCUACGUGGUGCAGGUGAAUACGAGUUGGCUCGCGUGAAGGAGAUUCUUAUAUUUAUGAUCUGUGUGGCUUACCAUUCUCAGCUGGAAAUCUCCUUUCUUAUGGAUGAGUUUGCCAUGCCUCCGAUGCUGGCCAAAAAUGGCUCCUUUCCCAAUCUGACAGAAGGACAGGGAGAAGAAAAUGGGCACCACGAUCAGGUAAACAGCACAGCAGGAAAAGAUGUUGACUCAGCAUCGGACAAGCUGCCCAUGAUCUCUGAAUUAGCAUCUUCAGAUGACCUCAGCAACGUGGAACAGAAAACUUUGACAGAAGAGGAUGGUGAGGUCAGUGGUGAUCUACAAGAUGUUGCCUCCCAGAAGCAGCCAGAGCAUUUUCCGAUGAAUUCUUCUGCUAUAGCACCCUUCCUUUCUUCCACAUUGGUGCCGGAGUCAUUGUUGCCCCUCAGUCUGACGGAUCAACAGCUGGGAAUUUUAGACAAUGAGCAGUUGGGGAGCAUAGAGGGUAUGGACGACUACCAGGAGCCCAAAAGUCAGACCAGGGAGUUUAGAGAUCCCCUUCAAGAUGACACUGGCUUGUAUGUAGCAGAGGAAGUCACCUCCUCUGAAGAUCGCCUGAGAGCUUUGUCUCUGGCAUUUAAACAAGAGCUGAAGGACAUUAUCCUCUGCAUUUCUCCAUUAAUCACAUUCCACGAACCCUUCCUGUUAACAGAAAGAGGCAUGAGAUGUCCCACCAGGGAGUAUUUCCUGGAACAGGUCUAUGUGUCUCCCCGGCUCAACAAGGAACACAAAGAGCUGGACAGCAGAAGGAAAAGACACUUGCUGAGGGAUCUGGCUGGGUUGCAAGGAAUGAAUGGAAGCAUCCAGGCCAAACCCAUCCAGAUUUUACCUUCCCAUGAGCUUGUGAGCACCAGAAUUGCAGAGCAUUUGAACAGUAGCCAAAGUUUGGCAAGAAUGGUGGCUGAUUUCCGGGCCAGGGGAGGAAGGAUUGUACAGAAAGAUUCAGACCCAUUUGUACAAACCAAAGAGGCAGCUGGCAUGAAGUUUGGACAUAGGACUGGCGAUGAUGAAGAGCGAGGGUUUAUUCAGAGUGAAUCUCUCUGGUCUCAUAAAGUGGACUGCCUUAGCCCUGCAAACCACCAGAGACUCUGCGUUUUGUUCAGCAGCUCUUCAGCUCAAUCCAGCAACGCUCCAAGUGCCUGUGUUAGCCCAUGGAUGGUGGUAAUGGAGUUUUAUGGAAAGAAUGACCUCACUUUGGGAGUGUUUCUAGAAAGGUAUUGUUUCAGGCCUUCCUACCAGUGCCCAAGCAUGUUCUGUGAAACGCCUAUGGUGCACCAUGUCCGCCGUUUUGUCCAUGGUCGAGGCUGCGUACAGAUCGUAUUGAAGGAAUUGGACUCCCCAGUGCCUGGUUACCAGCACACAAUUCUUACCUACUCCUGGUGUAGAAUAUGCAAGCAGGUAACGCCAGUUGUUCCACUUUCCAAUGAUUCAUGGUCAAUGUCCUUUGCCAAAUACCUUGAGCUCCGUUUUUAUGGGCACCAGUACACCCGAAGGGCAAACGCUGAACCAUGUGGCCACUCUAUACAUCAUGACUAUCACCAGUAUUUUUCCUACAAUCAGAUGGUGGCCUCUUUCAGCUAUUCUUCAAUACGGUUGCUGGAAGUAUGUGUCCCCCAUCCCAAGAUCUACAUAAAACGUCAGCUGCCACAAAAAGUUGCCAUAAUUCAAGAUCUGAAAGACUUCUCUCAAAAAGUGUCCCAGGUAUAUCUGGCUGUUGAUGAACGGCUGACUUCUUUGAAAACAGAUACCUUCAGCAAAUCAAGGGAGGAGAAGAUGGAGGACCUUUUUGCCCAAAAGGAGAUGGAAGAAGGAGAGUUUCGAAACUGGAUAGAGAAAAUUCAAGCGAGGGUGCUUUCCUCUUCACUUGACACUCCGCAGCAGCUGCACUCCGUCGCUGAAUCUCUGAUCACUAAAAAGCAAAGUCUCUGUGAGAUGCUGCAAGCUUGGAAUAACAGGUUACAGGAUCUCUUCCAACAAGAGAAGGGGAGGAAGCGUCCAUCUGUACCCCCUAGUCCCGGGCGACUGAGACAAGGUGAAGAGGGCAAGAUCAGCUCAAUAGAUGCAUCUCCUCGCAAUGUUUCUCCAGCAUUACCAAAUGGUGAAAAAGAGGAUCGUUUCCUGACCACCUUGUCAAGUCAGAGUUCUACCAGCUCUUCUCUCCUCCAGCUUCCCACUCCACCUGAAGUUGUCUCAGACCAGCUGACUGGAGGGACCUCCUUUGGCAAUGCACUCUCUGAGCCGGACGCAGCUAACAGCUCUGAAGACGUAUUUGAUGGGCAUUUGUUGGGGUCCACAGACAGCCAGGUGAAAGAGAAAUCUACCAUGAAGGCUAUUCUGGCAAAUCUGCUCCCUGGAAAUAGCUACAAUCCCAUCCCAUCUCCUUUUGAGCCUGACAAACAUUACUUAAUGUAUGAACACGAACGUGUUCCUAUUGCUGUCUGUGAAAAGGAGCCAAGUUCCAUCAUAGCGUUUGCUCUCAGUUGCAAAGAAUACAGAAAUGCCUUAGAUGAAUUAUCCAAAGCAACUGUGAAGACCAGUGCUGAAGAAGGACUUCAAACCAACAGUCUGGCAGAGAGUAGAGCAAAAAACAGCAGUCCCGUCCGACUACCUGAAGCCAAUGUGGGACAAUCAAACCAAACAGCAGAGGCAGAACAACCAAAGAAACCAUAUGGAGUUUUGUCCUUCUUUCGUGGCACGGGAGGCAGGAGCCCUGACCUUUCUUCUCAAAAAAAGGAGACCUUACGUGGUGCAGACAGUGCCUACUACCAGGUUGGGCAGACGGGCAAGGAAGGGGCAGAAAAUCAAGGAGCAGAGAAUCAAGAUGAAGCAGAUGGAAGUGAUGCACAGAAAAAGCAGCUAGGAAAUCCACAUGUUGAACUCCAAUUUUCUGAUGCCAAUGCCAAAUUCUACUGCCGGAUUUACUAUGCAGGGGAGUUCCAUAAAAUGCGUGAGGUGAUACUUGGGAGCAGCGAGGAAGAUUUUAUUCGUUCCCUCUCCCACUCCCUCCCUUGGCAGGCACGAGGAGGCAAAUCAGGAGCUGCUUUUUAUGUGACUGAAGAUGACCGAUUCAUCUUGAAACAAAUGCCUCGCCUGGAAGUCCAGUCUUUUCUAGACUUUGCCCCACAUUACUUCAUGUACAUUACUAAUGCAGUUCAGCAAAAGAAGCCAACAGCUUUGGCAAAGAUUCUUGGGGUGUAUCGGAUCGGUUACAAGAAUUCUCAGAACAACACGGAGAAGAAGCUUGAUCUCCUGGUCAUGGAAAACCUCUUCUAUGGCAGAAAGAUGGCUCAGGUUUUUGACCUGAAAGGCUCUUUGCGGAAUAGAAAUGUGAAAACAGACACAGGAAAAGAAAGCUGUGAUGUGGUGCUACUGGAUGAAAACCUCUUGAAGCUGGUGCGAGACAAUCCCUUGUACAUCCGUUCUCACUCCAAGGCAGUGCUGAAGGCUUCCAUCCACAGCGAUUCUUACUUCCUUUCCAGCCAUCUCAUAAUUGACUAUUCUCUCUUGGUGGGCCGUGAUGAUACCACAGAUGAACUUGUGGUUGGCAUUAUUGAUUACAUUCGCACAUUUACUUGGGACAAAAAACUUGAAAUGGUGGUGAAGUCAACAGGCAUCUUAGGAGGACAAGGUAAAAUGCCAACUGUUGUGUCUCCGGAACUGUACCGUACCAGGUUUUGUGAAGCAAUGGAUAAGUAUUUUUUAAUGGUGCCAGAUCACUGGACUGGGCUCGGUCUGAAUUGCUAAGCUUAAACCACCUCUCAGCUAAUAAACUGUGGAAAUGGAUUAGACAAGAUUGCCAAGUAGUGCUGUCCUCCCCAUAUGCAACCCAUGUCCCUUCAGCAGCAACUAAAAGAUCUUCAGCUACUGUGUGUCUGGAGCAUGCUGUCUGCACUUUAAGUUUAAAUGACCGGAGGAGAAGAGGCUGAAGAACAGUAUUUCUUCAUAAUCAGGACUGGACUGAACAUUCACAAGAACACAAAUGGGACCAUCAAGUAGACCAGCCUUGCCCUAAGCAAGCUGACAUCUUCCACAAGUUACUAUGAAUCAUACAAGAGCACUGGCACCUUUCUGUGAGGAUAUCUUGCACAAAAGAGGCCUGUGGCUCUUGCACAUGGUAUCCAUAGCCGUCAUGUAGGGGGACACCUACCACUCUGUUGAGCUGUUGCAGUAAAGACACUGCGGUCUGUAGAAUUGGCGUCUUGAUCACGAGGAACCAAGUACAUUUCUUGAUCACGCCACUGCUCUGUGCUGCAGGUUGGUUCUGUAAAUAUUUGUGUAUAUAGUUUAAUCUGUGUUGCACUGAUGUGGUUCAGCAGAUUUUCAUGAGCAGUAUUGGGGGUGGGGGGGAUUUUAGCCAUUUACGUUUGUUGUUUAGAGCCCUGCUUCCAAUGGUAUAAAAACCGUAUGCAGUCAAAUAUUUUACUGAGUGGAAAUAGGUUCCUAGGUACUCUGUCCCGAAUUUGAGCAACAACAACAGGAAACCAACCUGCCUUGACUCAGUGGACUCAGAAAGCAAAAUUUUCCAAAACGAAACACCUUUAUUGCUUACUGAGUCAUGAAUCAAAAUGGCUUCAAUCUUGGUAGAAACUUCUCAGUGCUAUUGUAAAAUAUUUAACUUCAAGAAAAUUCCUUUCCUCAUCUCCAGCCACAAGCGGUACUUGGAUGCUUUGCCUUAGUAUUUUUUCAUUGAAUAACUAGCAGCUGCCUUAAGAAUCAGACCUGCAAUGCAGACCAUCCUAGUUUCUUUUUAGUUCAUCAUCAUUGUGAAGAAUGUGGUACUGAGAUACAGAAUACACUUAGUUUGUGGUAACAGAUUGAGUUACAUAGAGAAUAAUUUUUUGAGUGUUAUGAAAUCUAUUUGUAGUUACAGCUUCUCUGAAUAGAAACUGAACUAAGAUGGCAUGUUGAGCAUAUCAGAUUGGUGGAGAUUGGGGCAUCUUCACUAACUGAGAAUAAGCACUUUUCAUACUAUCAAAAAAAACCCCAAACAAACCUUUAAACAUUUAUCUUAGUUUGUACACAAUAAAAGCCAGUAAAAAAAGAAAGUGUAUUUGUAGUUGGAGGUAAAUCUAACAUUGUACUCCUAUCUUAAUUAUUGUUUGCAAUAUUGUUUUCAGUGCAGAUACUGGGUAAUGUCAUUGAGUUCUAAUGCAUUUUUCCUCAUGAUUGGAUUUCUUCAUUUAGCAGAAAAUCAUAAACCUGCAUUACGAAUCAUUUUGCAUAACUUGGGACCAGAAGACCAGUUUUUCUAUUAUAAACACUUAGAAAAGACCAACACUACUCCAUUGUCUUUGUGUCAGAGUCUUCCUCUGUAGAUUUGACACAAAUUCUAGGUAAAGUUAAUGGGUUUCUCUGCUGAUAUCUAAGAGCCUGACUUUAAAACAAAUGAAGCAUAUUGUGAGAAUGUGCUAAUAACAGCUUUUGAUCCAUUAGAAAUUUAGUUUGGAGUUAAAUUUGCAAUGCCUGUAUGUUCUGCCAGGAGAUACACAUUGGCCUCUUAUAAAUGGAGAAGUUCAGACAUUUGGUUAAGAAGCCAGUUAUUGACUGGCUUUCCACUCAUCAUAAUUUAAUUUGUUGCAGGAUUUAAAAAUAAAUGUAACCAGAUAACCUACCUUCAGCCAACAGGUGUGUGUUUGUGGCUGAGCUUUGACCAAUUUUUUAUUCCUUUAAUUUGUUUAAAUCUAUUAAUGUUCAGUUUUUUUGUCUUAAAAAAGUCCUAAUUUUCCAUACAAGUCAGUGUUGUAAACAUCAAGGUUUUCCCUGAGCUGGUUUAAUGGGAUGAAGGAAAUUUGUUUCAUGAGUUUAAAAAUAAGGUACAGUACAAUGUGAAAUAGCUUUUCUGGAGCUGCUGCUGCUGCUACUUAAAACAGUAACUGUUCUGAGGACAAAAUACAUGUAUGUAUAGCACUGGCUUUUAAAAAUAUAGAUAUCUACAAAUCAUAAAUCAUUUUCAAAUGAUAAGUAAGUUAACAAUGGAAAAGAGUCACCCAGGGCCCCCCCACACCAUUCAUCUAUGCCCUGGAAGAACAAAUCCUGUUUGUUGAACUUUGUGCUAUGUGUGCAAAAUGCUUAUGCAGCCAGUGUUCAUUUUGUUCACAGCAUCUGUGCCCCUCCCCACCUUAUGUCAUGCAGUUGCUUCAAACAUUGAUCUCAUCUCACUUGCCUCUGGUAGCAGAAUUCAGAGACAAUUAACUGGCAGAGUACAACGCAGUCAGGUGGCAGGAAUGGGAAAAGGUCUGCUAACCUUGCUUUGUGUGCACCAUGUCAUGUUAAGCCCUUUUAAAAAAAAAAAAAAAAAAAAA